GGCGUGCCAAAUAUAUGAAUUUGCGCUCUGAGGAGCUAUUGGGAUGAGUGACCCUCAGCCUCUGCCUGUGAGAGUCGAAAGCCCACAGUGGGAUAACAGAAAUCAGCCUUUCAUUUCUCCCGCCCUUCUUCAGCAGUUCAAAGCAAGCACUCCUACUCAUCACUUUACCACCAUCAGCAACGACAGCGACCACGAUAACAUGCAGGUCGCUCAACAACGUCCCAACACCGGAAAUUCCAUCAACCACGGCAGGUCCUCCUCAUUCUUUUCGUUUCGAAAACAGACCUCGUCGGCCUCGGAAGUUCACCGCUCACCUUCUUUGAACGGUCGUUCACGGCCAGAACAACAACAAGUUCAACAGCAACCAAUACAACCACCACCACCCCAACCACAACCUCAAGAGCCAUCGACAUCAUCACCUCCGUUUCAAUCUCAAUCUCAAUCUACAAGCUCGCCUUCACAACCACAACCUCUCCAGCAAGCACAAUUGCAUCCAGAGAUUCGUUCUGUAGUUCAGUUAAAUGCCGCUCAAGCCCACAAGAUUUACCAAGCUGGUCGUCUUAUUCGUCGCGUGGAACGAGAUCCCAACGGUCAUCGGCCCACGAAGGACGAGGGCUGGACGGAGGUUUGGGCUCAGCUUGGUGGAACGACCCUCAGUAUAUGGGAUAUGAAGGCUAUAAAUGAAGCUAGUCGACAAGGAAAAGAGGUACCCCCUACAUAUAUCAACGUCACCGAUGCAGUGCGUGCUAUCAUCUCGUUUUAUUCUUCCUCUCAGUGAUCAUUUGGUUUCAUCAACAGUUUGUGCAAGUUCUGGGUGCCAUCACUAUCCCGAUUCCCGGAAGUGCUACAACUGAACGUCAUGAGAAUGUUUUGACGCUCAAUACCGCCGGGUCCAAUCUCUUAUUUUUCGCUUGCCCUGAUACAACGUCCCUCAUUUCAUGGGCAUCAGCUCUUCGACUCUCUUCAUGGGAGAAAUCUCGGCUCGAAGAGGUUUACACAGCACAUUUGAUAAGAAUAACGCUUAGUGCGCGAGAUAUACCCACCACGCUCAAUCGAGGGAAACUUGAAGGAUGGGUCCGCGUUCGUAUUGCUGGUCAAACAGAUUGGAAGUCGCUUUGGAUGGUCAUCCACGAGGCGUCGGAUAACCAGCCGGACGAGUUGGGUCGAGUCCCCUCCAACAAUGGUCCUGCCGCUCAUCCAACCGCGAAUACUGCUGCGGGUCGUAUGAAAAGGAUGUCCAAUCUUUUCUCACCCAAGGAUCAUGGUGCAACAGGCACGGCUUUUCAGAAACCGACCGUGGUGGUAUAUGCCUCGCCAAAACCAAAAGAUAGGAAGAAGCCUAUAUUGACUGUAAAUGAUAUUACCCAAGCAUUUGCAGUGUAUCCUGAGCGGCCAGAAUUGAUCACGAGAAGUACGUUGAUCAAGCUCGAGGGGUCGUUAGGUGCUGAGGAGUUGGCUGGAGGCAUGCGAGGUCGGCAAGGCUGGUUAUUACUUAUGCCCCAGUCGGAGGGUAACCUCUCGCCAGCAGCUGAGAUGCUUAAGUGGGUUAUUGCUCUUCACGACGCUUUCAAGCUGUAUGGGAGACCCCAAGCCUGGACCUGGGAUCCUCGAGCCCCGAAUUCAUUAAUGUUUGCCUAUCCUGUCGGUCCUCAUAAAGAUCUUCUCUUCCUAGCGCGCGAGCAAGCUGAGAAGUUUGACCCGCGCGAGGAGCGGACGUCCGUCAUUCGUUCCCGGUAUAUCGAUCUCCUGAAUGAGACGAUGCAGCAAUCAGAUCCGGCACGACCUCCUCAGCAGCCACAACAACGAGCGCCUGUUGCUAAUCCUCCCAGUCGUGGGUACCAACUACCUCCGCUUAGCUUUGACCGGACGGACCAACAGCAGGACAGACAUUUGCUCACCCCUAUUACCGAGCGCAGCAGUAUCUAUACGCAUGGAAUAUCUAUUUCAGGGGAUGCCGCAACGUUGGCAACGAAGCCGUCUAUGAAGACCACAAAUGGUGACCCUUCUGGUGUUACUGAAGUUAUACCUGAGGAGCCGCGCACGCCUCCUGUGGCAUCAAAUGGAGAUAAUCCGUUGGACAAUGUCAUCAUUGGCCCUAAUGGAAGGCCUAGUAUCGAUGAGGGUGCAUCACCUCCGCCGCCGCCAAACAAAGAUGGCUUUGAUCGUACUGCCCCUGCCCGUAGCACCACAGGUUCUCAGUACAACGAACCGACGAAUAUGUCGUUGGCUGUAGAAAAGAGUACAGGAAGAUCAUCGUUGGACGUUCCCGGCAACGCAAAUAAUGUCAACGUCAUCAGAUCAGGUUCUCCCCUUGGUUCUCCCGUUCGUAAACCUGCAUCAAUACUUUCCAACGGUACUGCAGAUCAAAAGCCGCAAUCGCCAGGUUCCCCUUCUGUUUCAUCUAUACCCCUUCGUUCUCCACAUUCACCGAGCUUGGGAGGGGGAGGUCCGCUUUUAGAAAGAUCAGCUACACCGUCCGGGUCUGUGCUCACAUCUCCUUAUUCACCUACACCAUCCAUGAAGCAAGGAUCGCCAUCACCCACGAAAUCGACAUUCUCCUUUGCUCCAUCGGCCUCCUUUGCAACUGUUUCGCGAAACUCUUCUGCAUCUGCUUCUAUGGGAGGAACGGCGAUGCCAAUAUCGGCUGGCGCUGCAGCUGUUCCAGCUGGAACUAAGGGAGUUGGUGGACUCUCAAAUGAAGCAGGUGCGCUGCAUUAUAUGCAACAUGGUGGUGGUGGUGGUGGUGGAAGCGGUGGAAGAAUGCCCGCCACGAUAGCCGAGACAGACAUGGACGGCGACGAUGGUGAUGAUUCAUCUGCCGAAUUCUCAGGGCCUCCAGGACAAACACAAGAUUCGGCAAGGCCUGUCGUAACUGCCAUAAACACGGCAGGACGACCCUCCUAUGCAGAUUCAGUUUCCCCUGUCGUGAGACAGGGAACUCCUAUGGCUUUCGUGGAGAGAGCUGGAGGCGGAAUGAAUGACAGGCCAAAUCCGUCGGGAAGUGCGGAAUCUCCGCCGAUCGUCAACGCUGCCAGUGCCAACAGCUCGCCGUCCCGACCAGGGGUACUCGGACGUAAACCUUCCGGAGCACGUGCGCAGGCGAAUAAUAGCCGCAUGAAUAUAACAGGAAACGUGGAAUCUGUAACAUCUUCGUCGGCUACUCAUCCUCAACCACAACGUCGCCCGCCUCAAGCUAUACAAGAAGAAAUGGACGAAGAUACUCACACCACCACCAGUGCUCCUCUAAAUGUCUCAUCGCCGAAAAAAGACCUUUCUAGGUCGAUGACUGUGACAACGGAUGAUUCUAGUUUGGAUGUUUUGGCCGCGUUGUCGUAUCUUGACGUGACAGAUCCCUCCCAAGACCAAUUUGGCGUUGAGAAACUGGAAGAACCAGUAGCCGUUAAACCAGUGCAGCCGUUGAGAACAAACCGAACGUCGUCUGCGUCACCACCGCCAGCUCAAUUACCUGGGCCCGUCAAGUCAUCAUUCGCGCCUUCGAAUAAGGCAGCAGAAAGGAAAGCGAAAGUCCAAGCGCAACAGGCUGCCGCCGCCGCCGCUGCUAGUCGACCUGGAAGAGCUGCAAAUGGGAAACGAAAGAUGAGAUCGGCGAAAGCGUAUGCAGGCGCUUGGAGUAGUGAUGAGGAAGAGGACGAAGAGGACGAGGACGAGGAAGAGGGCAAUGAAGAAGUCGAUUCUGAUGGAGAACCAACAUCAAAACCUGCAUCGGGGAUGAACUCUUCAAACACCUCCGUUAAACCUCCCCUUGAGGGUGGAGAUCCUUAUGAUUCUUUCCAUCAACAGCAAGGUCCUGCACACCUCCGGCCAGCACGAAAUCUACCUCAGAUCCCUGCUGGCCGCUCUCAGGAUGAACCUUUACCUCCUCGCCGUUCGCAAUUGGAACCCCAGUAUACCCAACAUGCUCAGAUGUCUCCGCAACAAUAUCCACAGAUACCAAGGAGCAAUUACUUUGAAGAUAAUACCCCCAUUCGCACACAAGAACAUCCACAACCAGGAGCUGCUCGUCAGCAAAACAUAUGGAGUCACGUUCUCGAUCCUGGACACACGCCUGGCGAAGCAUCUCCCUCCAAUACUCGCGAUACAUUUGUGCAAAUAGAGCCGCCAUCACAGACGAUGACCAAGGCCUUUACGCCACAGGGACUUCUUUCGGCUGGCAUCCAGGACAAACAGGGUCGCUCGGCUAAACGCCAGGAAGAGCUCGCUCGCGAGAGUGGUGCUUCACUCAUUAACGUGCCCAAUAAACCUCCUCCACCUCAGACUGGGUUGCUUGGCGCUAUAACUGCUCAUGAACGCGAGCGUAAACGCGAUGGAGGUGUUGGCGCUGCGUUGACGGAACGUGAACGGGAGAGAAGGCUCGCAGAAGAGAGGCAGAGACGGUUCGAUGAUGCUCAACGGCAACAGCUUGAUCAGAUGCAGCAAGGUGGAUCAAUGUAUGGAAAUCAGUUUGGCAUGAACCCAAUGAUGAUGGGGAUGGGGAUGAACCCUAUGUCAAUGAUGGGGAUGAACCCUAUGAUGACUGGAGGUAUGAACCCAAUGAUGACUGGUGGGGGUAUGAACCCAAUGAUGUCCCAGUAUGGGAUGAUGGGUGGGCUCAACCCCCAGCACAUGUAUGCGGCACAACAAGCUGCUGCUCAAGCCUACCAGCAAGCUAUGAUGGCAUUCUCGACCGCUGGUUCUCAACCCGGUGGUGAUGGUCCGAACGGGAAUAUGAAUGGUGGUUCGCCUUCUCUCAACCCAAUGAUGGCCGGUGGCAACAUGAUGGGAGGUAUGGGAGGAAUGGGAGUGGGUUUUGACCCACGAAUGUCGAUGAUGAUGGUGAACCCAAUGAGCAUGCAAAUGACGGGCAUGUCGCAAUUCGAUCCGCGUUUCCCUCCACAAAACACUGGUGGUACACCCUCUCCGAUGAACGAAUUACCUUCCUCACUUCUGCCACUUGGAGGACUCGGUGGCAAUCCUGCCCCUGGAUCUAGCUCACCAGCUCGACACGGAUCGCCUUUAGCACGGCCAAACGAUACACCUGACAGUGGUGCUCGUGGAUCUAGGCCGACCAGUCCAAAGCCUCAAUGAAAUCGAUGCGCAGCUGUCCUAAAAGUAUAAUGUAGAUGAAUACCGGAUAUGUUGUAAAGCUCACACCAUACUUUACUCACUCACUCCUUUGCUCUUUUUCUUUUCGUCAUCUGAAGAAUCAUCUUGGAUCUGGGCGUCGAAACAUCGAACUCUGAUUUUUCAUCUUGAGUUAUAUCAUCUAUGAACUGGAAUUUUCUCUUUACUCUAUGCAUCAUACUUGUUACAUUUUUAACUUGAUUAUCAUUAUAAAUUUCGUAAGAUCCGCUGUGAAGA